AUGGAAAUAGAUGAUGUGUUACCUUGUCGAAAAUUUGCAUUUAGUAUAGGUCAUUUUCUUAAUGAUUUAUGUGCAUCUGUAUGGUUUUCUUAUUCGCUUGUCUUCUAUCAUCGUGUAGCGAAAUUUUCAAAUAGCUCUGCUGGUUAUUUAUUAUUAAUUGGUCAAGUAGCUGAUGCUCUUGCAACUGCAUUUGUUGGUUUUGCUUCAGAUAGAACUAAACAUGGUUUAUGUGGUAAACGAAAAUCAUGGCAUUUAUUAGGCGUUGUUUGUGUACUCAGUUCAUUUUCAAUAUGUUUUCAAUUAGAAAAUGAAAGUCUUUCAUCUAUUUUACCAUCAUUUAUUUAUUAUACAAUAUUUAUAGUAAUAUUUCAAUUUGGUUGGGCAUGCUCACAAAUUGGACAUUUAUCAAUGUUAAAUGAACUAACAUCAAAAGACGGUGAACGUGUUGCAUUAAAUGCAUAUCGUCAUGCUUGGUCAAUUGUUGCAAAUAUAUUUGUUUAUACUGUUACUUGGUUAUUACUUAAUAAAAAUCAAACAAGAAAUAAUACUGAAAUGAAUGAAAAUGUUUUUCAAAUGUUGACUCAUAUCAUUAUUAUUACUGGUUUUUUUACAUCGCUUAUUUUUCAUCUUGGCUCGAAAGAAUUACCAUCUAUAACAAUUAUUUCGAUAACAUCUCAUACAUGGCGUGACGUUUUAUGUGAUAUUCAAUUUUAUUUAAUAUCAUUUAUUUGGAUGCUAACACGUGUUAUGAGUAAUGUUUCACAAGUUUAUUUACCUUUAUAUAUUAUGGAUACAACAGAUGCAAGUGAAGUAGAUCGAACAUUUAUUGCAAUAGGUCCAUUAUGUGUUUAUAUUAGCGGUUUUAUAACUUCAUUUCCAAUGCGUAAAGUUAAUCAAUAUUUAGGACGAAAAAAAACAAUGAUUGUUGGACUUAUGAGUGUCCUUUUAUCAUCAUUUCUUUUUUGGCAUAUUUUUUCAUUAAAAAUAAAUUUCGGUAUUUCAAUGCAAUUUACAAUUCUUAUUGGUGCAAUGUUACUUGGAAUAGGAAUAACAACAGCACAAAUUACAUCAAGUGCAUUUACAUCUGAUUUAAUUGGUCAAAAUACAGAAAGUAGUGCAUUUGUUUAUGGAGCUAUGUCAUUUUUGGAUAAAUUGGCUAAUGGUUUGGCAAUAACUGUUAUCCAACAAUAUAAUCCUUGCAGUACAUGUUCAACUUGUUGUCCACUUUUUUAUCGAAAAGUUCUUUCAUUUGUAUCUGGUGUUACUGCAAUUUGUACAUUAUUAAUAUUAACAAGAAUUUCACGUACUCAUAGUAGUACUCGACAAACAGGGUCCGCACGACAAUCUCUCAGGUCUUUAUGGGAUCAAAUUAUGCGACGUACGAUCAAAGUAAUAUUAACAAAAAUUGUAUGA